CAGGCCGCGGUGCCCAGCUCUCAGCUGAGGCUGCCUGGCUUGGAGGCGUGAGUGGGUGCGGAGAGCGGCGCUCGUGUGGCGAGCGAGCCAGGAGGGCCUGAGUGGCGCAGCGAGCGGGCAGCGCCCCCGUGCUCGUCGGCCGCCGCGAUGUCUGCUCGGUGCUGUGCGGGCCAGUUGGCCUGCUGCUGUGGGCCUGCAGGCUGCUCCCUCUGCUGCGGCUGCUGCCCCAAGGUGCGACAGUCACGGACCACCCGCUUCAUGUACGCACUGUACUUCAUCCUGGUCGUCUGCCUCUGCUGCAUGAUGAUGUCACCCACCGUGGCUAAGCAGAUGGAGGAGCACAUUCCUUUUUUUGAAGAUAUUUGCAAAGGCAUUAAAGCUGGUGACACCUGUGAGACGCUGGUGGGGUACUCUGCAGUGUACCGAGUCUGCUUUGGAAUGGCGUGUUUCUUCUUUCUCUUCUGCCUGCUGACCUUGAAAAUCAACAACAGUAAAAGCUGCAGAGCCCAUAUUCACAAUGGCUUUUGGUUCUUUAAACUUCUGCUGUUGGGGGCCAUGUGCUCAGGAGCUUUCUUCAUUCCAGACCAGGAGACCUUUCUCAAAGCCUGGCGCUACGUGGGAGCCUUUGGAGGCUUCAUCUUUAUAGGUAUCCAGCUCCUUCUGAUUGUGGAGUUUGCACAUAAAUGGAACAAAAACUGGACUGCAGGCACCACCAGUAACAAGCUGUGGUACGCCUCCCUGUCCCUGGUGACUCUCAUCAUGUACUCCGUUGCCGUCGGGGGCUUGAUUGUGAUGGCAGUAUUUUAUACACAGAAAGUCGGCUGCAUGGAGAACAAGAUUAUCCUGGGAUUAAACGGAGGCCUGUGCCUGCUUAUUUCAAUGGUAGCCAUCUCACCCUGUGUCCAGAAUCGUCAGCCACAUUCCGGGCUGCUGCAGUCAGGGCUUAUCAGCUGCUACGUCACAUACCUCACUUUCUCAGCUCUGUCUAGCAAACCUGUAGAAGUAGCUCUGGAUGAACAUGGGAAGAAUGUUACCAUUUGUGUGCCCAACUUUGGUCAGGACCUAUAUAGAGAUGAAAACUUGGUGACAACGCUGGGUACUCUCCUCUUGAUUGGGUGCAUCUUGUAUUCUUGUUUGACAUCAACAACAAGAUCAAGUUCUGAUGCUCUGCAGGGGCGAUAUGCAGCUCCUGAACUGGAAGUAGCUCGGUGUUGUUUCUGCUUCGGGCCUGAUGGAGUGGACACCGAAGAGCAGCAGAAUGUAAAAGAGGGACCUCGGGUCAUUUAUGAUGAGAAGAGAGGCACUGUCUACAGCUAUUCCUAUUUCCACUUCGUGUUCUUUUUGGCUUCCCUGUAUGUGAUGAUGACUGUUACCAACUGGUUCCACUAUGAAAGUGCCAGCAUUGAGACCUUCUUCAGUGGGAGCUGGUCCAUCUUCUGGAUCAAGAUGGCCUCCUGCUGGGUGUGCGUGCUGCUGUACCUGUGGACGCUGGUCGCUCCCCUCUGCUGUCCCUCUCGGCAGUUCUCCGUGUGAGGAUGGCAGCUGGCCACUUCGCUCAGCAGGCUGUGCUGAAAGAGCUGUCCUUUGAAUCAGAGUACCAGGGUCUGAGCAGCAACUGGCGCCUUAUGAAAAGCUGAUAUCCCCUGGCUAUCUUAAGUGUGUCUGAAAAAGCUUUCAGGGGGAUAAGGAAAAAACAAACAAACAAACAAACAAAAAACCCAGAUGAGCUUUUUUAAUUCUGAAAUUCAGAAAGAAACUACCAAUUUGUCCUGAAGAAAUUGAAAUUUCCAACCAACCUGAACUUGUGAUACAUGCAUUUUUAUGUCUUACCCUUAGGAACUGGGUAGUGGUACUUGGGUAUGCUGUCACCAAAAGAAUGGUAUAACAUCUUUUUACAGGGAUAAAAAUUAUCUUGUGUGACCUUUAUUCCCAUUCUUGGAAUUAAAAAGAAAGCAAAAUGUUGAGUCUCCAGCCCCCAAGAGAAUCCAGACCCCUGUCUCUCUUACUUUCAUCUCCUAAAUCACCUCCUGGAGCCUUUUCCCCAAAGGGCUCUGCUCACAGCUCCCUGGUAUUUAUAGGGAACAAGAGGAAGCACCUGCCUUUAAAUCCACUCUCAGUGCUGCCUCCUCGUGGUUCCCAAGUGUUUCCCUUUGUGGUUGUGAUGCUGGGAAUCACAGCCUUCCCUCUCUGCCCUUGGCCUUCCAGAGGUCCCCUCAUCCUUUCUGGGUUUAGCAUCUUUGUAAUAAUGUGAAAAGCACAAUUUGCCAUCACUAUCCAUGUAUUUCCCCAUCAUGUUAACACUACCUGAUCCAACUUACUGCAAUAAGUACGGCACUUAUCCAUGGUGGUGUUCAUGUGAUUCUAGAACAACAUUCAUGUUUUCUUUGCCUAAGUGAUGGAGAACUAUGGUUCUUACUUGUUCGUGCUAUAAUUAAUAAUACUUUAAGGACCUUAACAAAAAGUUUCUUCUUGGCUGAAAUCUGCUGCACCCCUCUUUCAGGUGUAAAGGUUAGCCCCUCAGCUUCUCCUCCACCUUGAAGCCUUUGAAAUUAAAAAAGCAAAAGAG